AUGACCAGUUCACUGGAGAGGGUUGUCGCCCAGAAGAAGGAGGCUAUCGAGGCAGUGAUGGAUAUGUUCGAGAGGGGGGCCGAGGUGUUGGCCAGUGCUGUGGGGGAGCUCUUCCCCCUCUGUGAGGCUGCCGCUCCGGUUCUACGACUGGCCUUAGACAACGUCCAAAGCAAAGAGGUCUUCUAUGUCAAAGAGCAAUUCCUGACGGUGAGGAACAAACUUGACGUGCUCUCGACCCAACUGGAAGACAUCGACUGCGAGAUCAAAAAGGGGAGACUGGACUCCCAGUACUUUGCUGUAGAGGAGAACAUCAGGAAUCAGUUUAGGAAAUAUGUGGACAUCAUAGAGGCAAAACAGCAGUUCCGGGAGGUGAAGACUCGGCUUUUUCUGGAGCAUUUCACUAAAACUGGAGGAGAUAAGAACCUGUUUGUGCUGUAUGAUGCUCUGAUGGGGAAGAACAGCUUUGGAGAGUCAGUUUUAGAGCUGGUAGAAAGGUAUGUUGCAAGGAACCGCCGUCUUCUGGAAGAUUUCUGUGUCCGGAUGAAGGAGCUCUUCUGCUUGGGCCUGAUUGCUCUCCUGGGCCACUGUGCCUUAACCCAGGGCCAAGAGGAAGAACAAGACAAAAUCCAAGAGUGGAGCAGCAAAAUUGAAGAAGUAGAGUCCAAGAUGAAGACAACCAUUGAGUCCUGUGUCGCUGCUUUUCCAGAGCAAGCAAAACUAGAUGCCCAGCGAAUCCUGCAAGAAAAGGAAGAAGAGAACCUGCAAGAUGCAACUGAGCAGCUCUUAGAGUUCUUGGUGAAAAAGUAUGAUUGGGUCAGCUGGUCAGUGCGGCUGAUCAACCACUCAGGGAGCACCUACCGGAACUGGCGGGCAGGAGAACAUUUUCACCACGUGGCUGGAAAGAACUGGUUUGAGGUGCUCCAGGUGAACAACAUCAACCUGGUGGUGUCACACAGCAUCAAACCCCAGCCAGUGCCGCGUGACUGCAUUCGGCAGGUGAUGGAGGGCCAGGGAAAGAAAGGCAAUGCUCCAGCUGUGGUGGAGGUGCUGGAGAAGCAGCUGACUGGGUUUGUUGUUCACGCCGUGAGUCGCCACAAGGAGUCUGCAGCUGCAUGGAGCUUUCCGGAAGACUGUCACUACUGGGAGAGACACAAGAAUGUGGCAGUGUGUGUGCACUCGGAGUGA